GAAAAGGCUGUAACUUCUGUGGAGAUGGGAUGGGGGAACCAACUGUAAAGCCCGGGAACCCAAAAAAUACAUAAUCGGACUUGAAGGAGACAGUUUUCAAUACAGAAAAAUACCAUAACUUUGAGAUCCGAGCGGUCUCUGCCAAGUCAAGUUUUAAUUUCAACCCAAAAGUUCAAACUUCAACCUUCCCACCGGCAAGCGUAGCAGCACAGCAGAGAGUGUAAAAGUAACCACCGCCAUUUCCGACAAUCCGAAAAAAGAAAAAAAGAAAAAAAGAAGAAGAAAAGUUUGAGAGAGGAAAAACAAAUAAAUGUGAAAGGUCGCAUUCAACCACAUUUGGCAUAUGCAACGAUAAAGAGCUUUCACAAACAGAGACACACACAACACCCUUCAAAAAGAGAGUUUCAGAUAGAAAUCGAAAUAUCAAAUCUUUAGCCUUUAGGCACAAACAAAUCUGUCUUUUUUUGUUUGGUUGGUUCCGGUGAGACGCAUUUCACGGCAGCGACAUUGAAGGGAUUUUUUAUUUAUUUAUUUUUUUUUUGCUUUUGGUGGGUGAGAGAAUAAUGGGUGUUGAUGAUGAGAAAUCUGGGUCUGAUGGGAAAGUUUGGGGUCUUUGCAGCAUGCCAUUUUGGCAGACAAGAAACGCUUCCUCGUCGUCUUCUUCUUCUUUGGCUUCUAUGCAUAAUAAUGCUCACCAUCUGAAUCAUCAGGGUCAUCAAUCAGUGGAGCAUACCAGCCUUCAGUCUUCUAGUUCUGUAUCGUCUGUGGCUAAGUCUCUGCUGCCAACUAGGAGGAGGCUCCGUCUUGAUCCUCCCAACAAGCUUUUCUUUCCUUUUGUUCCAGCUGUUCGCUGCAGAUCUGAUUGCCUUGUGCAGCACUUUUGUGAUGAACCAGGUAAGCAGGUUAGGAGCGCCAUUGGGAUUAAAAACAUUUCCAAGUCUCAUGUAGCUUUCAAGUUCCAAACAACUGCACCAAAGAGUUGCUACAUGCGUCCUCCUGGGGGUAUACUUGCUCCUGGUGAAAGUCUUGUUGCAACUGUAUUCAAGUUCGUGGAACCUCCAGAGAACAAUGAAAAACCAGUAGAUCAGAAGAGCAAAGUCAAGUUCAAGAUCAUGAGUUUGAAAGUGAAAGGAGAAAUGGAUUAUGUUCCGGAAUUGUUUGAUGAGCAAAAGGACCAUGUCGCAGUUGAGCAAAUAUUGCGAGUUGUUUUCCUUGAGCCUGAACGCCCAAGCCCUGCACUUGAAAAACUUAAGCGGCAAUUGGCUGAAGCUGAGGCUGUAGUUGAGGCGCGUAAGAAGCCUCCUGAAGAUACGGGUCCCCGAAUUGUGGGAGAAGGACUUGUCAUAGAUGAAUGGAAAGAGAGAAGGGAAAGAUAUCUGGCACGGCAACAAGUUGAAGUAGUCGAUUCUGUUUGAAGUGAUGCUUUUUCUUAUUUAGAGCAUUUCUUUUACUGGAGUGGAGGUUUCUAUCUGUGAUGUUGAAAUUCUUUACCUGUUCAUGUCCAAGAGAUGGUUGAAGCAAACAAUUUAGGCUGACAAAAAGGUAAAGUCAAAAAGUGGAAGCAUGUUUUUUUUGUUGUGGGUAGAUUCAAGGAAAAUUUUAUUUGAUUGAAGGCCUGUGGUUCUGGACUCACACCUUAUUACUUGUAGAUAGCAGGAAAUGAAUUGGAAAUGAAAAUGUUAAUUUUUUGGGAGAGCAAUGUUAUAUAUAAAAUAUGAUAACGCUGGCCAUUGUUGGUGGUUUUCUC